AUGUGUACUUUGGGAUGCUAUUUACAAAAGAUUUCUGAAGACUACAUUCUUGUGACACAACCUAUAAACAACAUAAUCUAUUACAUAUCCGAUGAUAGAUCAAUAAUGAGGAGGUAAUUGUUUAUGGAAGAUGAAAACUAGUGAGAAAAUUAGAAAUCAAGAGUUCCAAUAAAGUGA